AUGUAUCUCGCUUGGAAGACGGACCCUCAAAACGUUCAUAUAUCAUGGCAUACGUAUUUCAGCAACAUGGAAGAUCCCUCUGUACAUUCGACGCAAGCCUUUCAGCCACCACCCGGCCUGCUCUCACCCCGGCACACACCAGCCAUCAAACCCCACCCCAGUACCGACGCGAGUGAAUUCAUUGAUCGUCUCAAGACCCAGAAUAUCGUUCGAGCGUUCCAGCAAUACGGCCAUUCAGCCGCAAAGAUCAACCCCCUCGGAGGCGUCAGCAACACGACGAUCAAGCCUCACGAUGAUAUCCCAAGCACAACAAACCUGAGCAAGUACGGCUACACCGCCGCAGACUUGGAUCGUGAGAUUGUCCUAGAUCCAGAGAUUCUUCUCCAUCUCGCACAAAGCCAUAAGACGAUGAAACUUCGCGACAUCAUCGCCACUUGCGAGGAGGUCUACUGCGGCUCCAUCGGCGUUGAAUACCACCACAUCUCUGACCCGACCAACGCCAAUGGAUCCAAGCAGAUCCUCCACAACUUGAUCUGGGCAACAACCCUCGAACAUUUCCUCGCCGCAAAGUUCCCCAACGAAAAGCGUUUCGGCCUCGAUGGCGCAGAAGGCCUGGCGCCUGGACUAGCCGCACUCAUCGACCGGUGCGCAGAGGCUCACGGCGUACAAGACGUCGUUAUCGGAAGCUGCCACCGCGGGAGGAUGAACCUUAUAAGCACAAUCUACGGGAAAGAUUACGAGACGCUAUUCCGCCAAUUUGCGGGCACGGAGGAGUUUGAUCCGGCGAAUGGGCAGACUGGGGAUGUCAAGUAUCACUUUGGCAUGGAGGGUGAGAGGGCGACAGUUGGUGGGAAGACGGUUGGUAUCUCCAUGUUGCCGAAUCCUUCCCACUUGGAGGCUGUUGAUCCCGUUGCGCAGGGCAAAGCCAAGGCGGUGCAACAUUUGAAGAACGAUGUUGAUCAGUCCAAGGUGGUUUGCUUGGCUCUCCAUGGGGACGCCGCCUUUUCUGGCCAGGGGACUGUGUAUGACACGCUCAGUCUUUCGGCUCUAAAGGGAUACGAAGUCGGCGGUACCAUUCGGUUCAUUGUGAAUAAUCAGAUUGGCUUCACGACUGAUUCUCCAGACUCCAGGUCUACGCCAUACUGCACCGACUUGGCCAAGUAUAUCGAGGCGCCGGUAUUCCACGUCAACGGCGAUGAUUCGGAGGCCGUUGUGUUCGUCAGUAAGCUGGCUGCAGAUUGGAGGGCAGAGUUCCGUUCGGACAUCGUCAUCGAUGUCAACUGCUACCGGCGAUUCGGACAUAACGAGAUUGAUCAGGCCAGUUUCACUCAGCCUGAGAUGUACAAGAGGAUCGCCGAGCAGAAGCCGCUGAUGGAUCUUCACAUCGACAAGCUGAUCGACGAGGGCGGGAUGUCCGUCGAGGUGGCGGAGCAGCAAAAGACUUGGGUCUGGGAGCAACUAGCAGAGAAACCUGCAAGAAGCAAGCAGCCAGCCAACCGAUCUAUGAAGACUGCCUCUUCGGAUCUGUUUUCAUCCGCUAGCCCUUCUACGUCAACGAAUACAGUUGACGAGGCCACACUCUCGACCAUCGCCACCGCAACCACCAGCGUCCCAGAAGACUUCAAACUCCACCGUAACCUCCAACGCAUCCUCGCCGCAAAGAAACAAGCCUUUGACGACGGCAAAGUCGACUGGUCCACAGCCGAAGCCCUCGCCUUCGGAUCCGCCAUCGCGGACGGCAAGUCCGUCCGCAUCAGCGGUCAGGACGUCGAGCGAGGCACCUUUUCCCAGCGUCACUCUGUCCUACACGACCAGCUCACCCACACCAACGCAAUCAACUCGCCGCUCAGCGAGUUUGGCGUCCUGGGGUUCGAUUACGGGUACUCCCUGGCUGCGCGGGACUCGUUGGUCGUGUGGGAGGCGCAGUUUGGCGAUUUUGCGAAUAACGCGCAGGUUAUCAUUGAUCAGUUUAUUACUUCGGGUGAGGCCGAGUGGAUGCUUCGGUCUGGGCUUGUCAUGUCUUUGCCGCAUGGGUAUGAUGGUCAGGUACCGGAGCAUUCGUCUGCUAGGCUGGGCAGGUUUUUGGAGUUGGGUAGCGAGGAUGGGCGGAGUUGGCCUGAAGAUAUGGAGAGGGCGAAGAGGGAGGGGAAUGUUAGAAUUGUGUGUAUGACAACCCCGGCGAAUCUGUUCCAUGCGUUGAGGAGGAGGCAGGUUUACUCAUCUGAGAAGAAACCUCUUGUCAUAUUCUUCUCAAAAUCGCCUCUCCGUCACCCCAUUGCCAGAUCUCCCAUCCCAGACCUGACGGGAACAUCUUCCUUUCAACCCGUAAUCGAGGACCCGGAGCACAGAAAUAGUCUACUCCCCCGCGGAGAGAUCAAGCACGUAAUCCUCUGCAGCGGUCAAGACGUUGCCAUCACGCGCAUCGAGGAACUACACCCCUUUCCCUGGGCCGAGCCGUAUAAUGGGGGUGCGUGGCAGUACAUGCGCGAUAGGCUUGAGACUGUUGUUGGAAACUCGAACGUCCUUGAGGGCAAGAAGAUUGUUUAUGCUGGGCGGGGAACGGGGGCUGCCGCUGCGACUGGCUCGAAGAAGGUCCAUCAAGAUGAGGAGGCGAAGUUGAUUGAAGAUGCUUUCGACACUCGGAUCUAG